ACAGAAGAAGCCUCACCCUCAGUACCCCUAUACAUUGGCAUUUCUCCGUUCCCAGUCUCCACGCGAGUAUCAUACCGUGAAGAUGAAGAAAAAUGUUAAAACUGUCAUUGUCACGUUUCUGUCAAGUUCAAGUAUUAUAUGAAUCAAAAUCUUGACGCGCUUAAAUGUUAUUCAUUAUACAAUUGUGACAACUGUGUGAUUGACAAAUUAUCAAUCUGGCACUAUGCAUGUGUUUACAUUAAUUUCCAGUUUUUAAAUAUUUGUCGCUGGUUUAAAAAAAAUCGGGAUGUGGAGUUCAAAACGUUUUUUCGAAUAAUAAAGAGAGAGAUUGGGUGGAGGCGGUACUAAAAGUGACUAAACAAUUGUUAUUUAUCGUAAAUAUAAUUCAAUUGUUUUGUGAACUCGUUUAAAGUUGAAAGUGUGCUUCUAAACCUUUUGCAUAUACAUAAAGGUGAAAACGAAAGUGUGCGUGUGUCGCAUUCCGGAUGGAUAUUUGAGGACUCGUCUACUUCAUCCGUCCAUACAUCCAUCCAUUUCUUCAUCCUUCCUGCCUUCCACCCAUUCAUCCAACCAAUCAUUCAUCCAAAUACAGACACGCUCACGCCCACACACAUUCCUCAUCAAUGUGUUAGUAUUGAAAUUCAUAAAUUCAUCCCGUUUAUAAAUACACACGCGAAUAAAAUUCCUUUACAUCUCAAUUUUCCCCCUUUGAAGGAGAAAAAAAAGGAAAACAUUUUUCUUUAAGUUCAUUCUUUAGUAUCAGUUACAUUCUGAAUCAAUGUACUUGUAGUACUUUCAUUUCUUUUUUGUAUGUCGCUUAUGUUUCCUUUUCAUCUCAUUGCACAUGACAAGAGAUCAGUUUUAAAUUAAAUUCUAUUCCAAAAUAAUACACUAUGGAGUCAAAGGGAAAUUGGCCUAAAGAAAGCCUGGAGGUAUCGAUGCCGAAAAAAUUUCAAAGCAACGAAUCUGACAAAAUCGAGAAAGAGAGGAAGUUCAGUUGGCCUAUAUGUAUCCUCUGUAUUGUCAGUUUAACUAUUUCCGGCGUUCUUGUUUACCGCGAGUAUCUCCUUGAGUCCAGGAUAGCCUAUCUUGAAUCACAGUGUCAAAUUCAACCAGAUCUCAUUUAUCAACGGCUACGACGAGAAUUUGAGCAGCAAUUUGAUGUUCAUUCACCACGUCCCGAGGGAGAUAAAAUUUUUCGAUUAAAAAGGGAUGUCGAGUGUAAUUGUCCUGCAGGUCCACCUGGUGUUGCAGGACCACAAGGAAAAAGAGGGAAGAAAGGAAAAAAAGGAGAUCCCGGAGAUGCAGGUACACAGGGUGUACCUGGGAUUCCGGGGAAAAGUGGUUUUCCGGGUCCUAUUGGCUUGGAUGGACCGAAAGGAGAACCGGGCAAGAGUGGAGACAAAGGUCAGAAAGGAGAGCUAGGAAGUCCUGGUUAUGAUGUAUUCUCAGCAGUAAAGGUCAAUGCACAGGGAUUGGGGUUAAAGAGGUCGGUGACGACGCUUCGCGGUGGAACACUUGGAUACGCAGAAAUCGUCGCACUGAAGGGAGAACCGGGUGAACCUGGACCACCUGGACCCGCGGGUCCUUCAGGAACUGAAGGCUUGCCCGGACACGACGGUAGACAAGGUUUGCCAGGAGAAGUUGGACCACCGGGCGAGAAGGGCGCAGCAGGGCCAAUAGGUCCCAUCGGGCCUCCUGGUGCGGCAGGUUCUGUUGGUCAAAAGGGCGAUAAAGGAGACAAAGGCGAUCGAGGUUUAACGAUGUCACUCGAUGGCGAACCAUUUUCGACGGGUGUUUUUGAAGGACAGCCGGGACCUCCUGGACCACCAGGACCUAAGGGAGAAAGUGGACUUCAAGGAAUGCCUGGUCUGGAUGGAGUUAGUGGGGAACCUGGAAUACAAGGACCUCCAGGAUCGACCGGAGUUGCUGGACCUAAAGGAGAAAAGGGAGAUUAUGGAGAUAUUGGUCCGCCAGGACUCAUGGGUCCACCUGGUUUACCUGGCCCUCCAGGUUACCCUGGUCAAAAAGGCGAGAAAGGAGAAAAAGGAGAAUCGAAGUACAAAAAGUUGAGGAGGAGACAGGGAGACGGAACUUUUGAAGUCAAUGCCGGUGAAGUUAUAAUGGGACCACCAGGACCACCUGGACCUGCUGGUCCGGCUGGACUCCAAGGACCUCCUGGAAUUAAAGGAGACAGAGGACACGAUGGAGCUAAAGGAGACCCUGGCGAAAAGGGAGUUAAAGGAGAUCCAGGCCCAAUGGGACUUCCUGGACCAAUGGGAUUAAGAGGUGAAUCGGGAAAGCCCGGAGAUGGUGGAAAAUCUGGCUCCAUGGGACCUCCAGGAUUAGACGGCAUGAAGGGAGCACAGGGAGAAACUGGCACGAAAGGAGAAAGAGGAGAUCCGGGCCUACCUGGCACUGAUGGAAUUCCUGGAACCGAGGGUCCCAAAGGAGAGAAAGGACUUAAAGGCGAAUCUGGUCCAACCGGAAAACGAGGCAGACGAGGAGAAAAGGGAAAUAAAGGCGAUCAAGGUGUUCCUGGUUUAGAUGCACCAUGUCCCUUGGGUCCAGAUGGACUUCCAUUACCGGGAUGCGGAUGGAGAUCGCCUCAGGAUAUAUUGAGUACAACAUCGGCGGCAGUUGACGGUCCAGAGCCAGCUGAAACCGAUUACGAUGAUCAAGGAGAGGAAUAUGAUGAUUAUUCUGAUCAAAAUGGAAAUCUAGCCGAACAAUAAUAAUCAUAAGCGCUGCUUUAAUCUCUCAUCACAUGACAAUUUUAUUUGACACUCAACAUCAUCCUCUUUUAUUAAAAACUAACGAGUGCUAAUUAUAUAAACAUAUAUACAAAAAAACAAACUGUGUGCCAAAACGCAACAUUUUACGUCAAUGGCUCGAUGAAGAAGAGCAGUAAUAAUUUUAUUACGGCUUUUUUUAAAAGAGUCAAAAUCAUAUCAUCAUUUGUUGCACAUCCUGUUUACUCAUCGUGUUUCUAAGACUAUAGGUAUUAAUACAAUAGUCAAUAAAAUUUAACACUAAUACCUUGCCAAUAAGUGUUGUAAAUAAGUGUACUUUCAGUGUCUAACGUCUGCAGUGUGUGUAUAUAUACAUUUUUUUUAUUCUAAUAAAUUAAUUAAAUUAACGAUAUCUUAGAUAAUAAAUUCAAGAAGAGAAAAAACAUACAAAACGAUAAUGUCGUCCAUUAAAAAAGAUUAAAAAUAAAAAAGUAUAUAUUAUA